AUGGCAAAAUGCUGGCUGCUGAUGCAGCUUCUUUUGGCGCUCCUCUUACCGGCGGCAAUAAGCAUGGCGGCGGCGUGCCACCCUCAUGACCUCCAUGCGCUGCAAGGCUUCGCCGGCAACCUCAGCGGUGGGGCCGUCCUCCUCCGUGCCACGUGGACCGGAGCCUCCUGUUGCGGCUGGGAAGGUGUGGGCUGCAACGGCGGCAAAAGUGAUGGUCGUGUCACGACCUUGUUGCUUCCGGGACGCGGCCUCACCGGACCCAUCCUAGGAGCAUCAUCCUUGGCCGGCCUUGCGCAGUUGGAGUCGCUCAACCUUGCCCACAACAGGCUGCAGGUCGGCUCCACCUUUCCAUUAUGGAUUGGUGAGCUUGGGCAUCUUCGCUACCUGGAUCUAUCACACAAUGCAUCACCAUUGCAUGUGAAUAGUAGUAACCGAAGAACACUAGCUGAGGGACAACCAAAUACAAUAAGUGGGACCAACAACUCUGUCAGAUCUGGGAGUGGUAACACUGUUAUGGGGGAGGAUAACAUUGUCAUAUCUGGGGACAACAACGUUGUGUCUGGGAAACAAAACACAGUAACUGGGAGUGACAAUGUCGUAAGUGGCAGCAACAAUAGCGUAUCCGGGAGCCACAAUACCGUAUCUGGGAGCAACCACGUCGUAUCUGGGGACAACAAAGUCGUGACAGGAGGUUAA